CAGCCUGCGGAGCUCCUCUCAAACACUUUAAAAGUAGUUCCAACCUUGAUAGUUUGACUUCACUUGAAGCUGAAAGAGGUUAAAUAUGUGUGGUGGACACAGACACCUGACAUGGACUCUGAUGCUACUCUCUCUGGCAGGUGUUCUCUGCAAUAUGUGGAAAGUGGAGUAUCAACAGCAGCAUAUCUGUGCAGUGAAAGGCUCGUCUGUUGCCGUUCUUUGUUCAUUUCACCGUCCUGACAGUCAAACAGUGGAGAAAGUCAUGUGGGGUCACGUAAAGGCCCCUGAUUCCAAGGGCCGUUUAAUUGUUGACAGCAAUUCCAGAAAAGUUUCCAAAAGAUUUCAGUAUACUGGAGACAAACACGACAACUGUUCUUUGAAAAUAAACCAAGUGGAGCAUAAAUAUGCAGGAAUAUACACUGUCAGAAUUAUUUACAAUAAAAAAGACAGCUUACCUGGUUAUAAGCCCAGCCCAAGAUUAAAGGUAGUUGAUUUGAGCAUUUCAAUGGCAAAAACUAAAGGAAAGGAGGCGGUGAAGGAAGGUGACUCAGUGAAUGUGACCUGCAUAAACAGCUGUGAUGGUGGUAAUAUUUCAUCUGUGUUCACUUGGUUUAAAGAUGGAGAAUCUAUAAAUGAGGGACCAGUGCUAUAUUUGACAAACAUUUCCUCUGCAAACUCUGGAAACUAUACGUGUUCUCUCAAAGCACACAGAGGAACAACUUCAAGAGUCGUACAUAUUAAUGUUGAAGGUGGCCCAAAGAACACAUCAGUGUUCAUCAGACCGUCAGUGGAGGGAGAUGACAGCAGCAGCCUCAUCUUGACAUGCAGCAGUCAUGCAAACCCACCGGUGGAGAAUUAUACCUGGUUUAAAACGGUUGGAGAUGAUAUUCUGGAUGUUGGACAUCAGUCUGUACUGUUCCCUGGUGACGGUGGCUGUUAUUUUUGCUGUGCCACCAACAAACAUGGAAGCCAAAACUCCUCUGCUGUCACUUUAAAUAUUAAACAAUAUUGGGCAACACUUCCCAGAGUCAUACUUGUAAUUGGUGGUGUUGCUGUGCUUCUGAUUGUGACCACCGUUAUUGCUGUUAGAAGAUGCAACAGAAAGAGAAUGAGGACACCAAAGGCAGGUUGUGAGGAAGACAUAAAGAAUACAGACUAUGUCAACUGGCUCAUAUGUGACCAGUCACAAGACACUGAUCGCUGUGAGGUGGUCCCAACUGAAAUCAUCUAUCCAACUGUUUACUUCCACAACAACAGAAAAUCAAACGUGGAGCAGCAGGACUCCCAGAAAGAACAUGUGAUUUACAGCAGAGUGUGCAGGGAGCAACCGUUGAACCCUUCGUAUAUUCAACCUUCUUAAUUUGACAACAAACAAACACAGGUUUGCAGUGAAAUGUGUGCAAACACUUUUGUAAAUUUUUUUUUCUGUUUUGCAGAUCUGCAAUAUGUACAUUUUCUCCUAAACGCUACUAUGAGUAGCUUGUAAUACUUAACACAGUGAUAAGUCAAGAUUAAGUGCAUGUCAAUAGAAUAAAUAAGAAAAAUUAAGAAACAAAGUGGUGUGAACUGACUCCUUGAACAUGUGAAGUAAAUCAUGUUUAUCCGGUCAUGUUAGCUGUGUCUGCAAAGGUGAUAAACAUCUUGGCAUUUAAAGAUAAUCUGUUGGGAAAGUUGAACAUGCUCAUCUUGCAAUAAGUGUUUUUUUUUUUUUUAACGCAUGGUUGCAAUGAAUUUGUUGGGGGCUUGUGAAGUUGUUUGUGAGAAUUCAUAAAAACUUCCUGCUGUUUACAAUAAUUGUCCUGUGACUGACGCAUUCUGAAACGUCCUCGUUUCCACCCUCAGUUUUUUUUUUUUUUUUUUUUGUAGGGUAGAAUGUGGGAAAUAUACUGUCACGUAAAUCAGACAUUCUCUGGACUUUAGAUCAUCUCCAUCACUAAGAAGCUGCACUGCUGGGACAUACACCAAGACAUUAUAAAAAGCUGUAGCAUCAGCUGGAGCAUGACAGAUUUAACUUACUGUUCAUGCUUUAAUACUGUACUGGUAUUAUUGUUUUCAAUCAUUUUGGUCUAUAGCGUACAAUGAUGACUGUCUGUACAUGAAUGUGCAUGUGCA